CCCUAGUGUACUGUGACUGCCUACUGCGUGUAUAGCCUGUGCUAAAUCCCUAAGCCCUACAAGCAAAACAGAACAGAAAAACCCAAAUGAGCCAACUCUUUUCUUCCCCUUUUGUAUAAAAUUGACUGAAAUGCUCAAUUCUUUAUGAUGUAACACUAAAUUUUUUCUUUGUAAUAAUCCGAAUUUUCAUGUCCUUUAUAUAUAACUACAAAUGUAUAGAUAGAAACUGCUGCUUUAGUACAGUGCACUCAGUUGUGCAAACUUAUUUUUUUAGGAUCAAAGAAGAGCACAAACCACAACCGACACAGUGGUUUCCCUUUAGUGGGAUCACUGAACUGGUAAAUAACGUUCUUCAGCCCCAGCAAAAACAACACAAUGAAAAGGAGCCCCCGACAAAGCUGCAUCAACAAUUUGAAAUGUAUAAGGAGCAAGUCAAGAAAAUGGGAGAGGAAUCGCAACAGCAGCAAGAGCAGAAGGGCGACGCCCCAACCUGCGGCAUCUGCCACAAGACAAAAUUUGCAGAUGGAUGCGGCCAUAACUGUUCAUAUUGCCAAACCAAGUUCUGUGCUCGUUGUGGAGGUCGAGUGUCGUUACGCUCAAACAAGGAGGACAAAGUGGUUAGAGUCUUUUUCUUUCUGUCUAAUAUACUUUUUCUUAUUACUAUUGCCAAUUUAAUUUUAUAGUUGAAUUUAAUUUUAUCCUUCUAUGUAUUUUGUUGGUUAUUGCAUGACAGUUGCUAAACAGUAUAGCAUAUUUAAGCAUGCUGAUUUUACUGAAAAAACAACUUGCAUUUCAUUGAAUUAGAGAUGAAAAUAUCAAUUCUUUAUAGAUCCCUGAGUUUUUACAAAUUAAUACUUUGUUAUUGUGUCUCUGGUGGAAAACAUUUGCCACCUACUG